UUAAACUAUUGUUGGACCCCUUGUAAGCCGCACGGUAUCUGACAAACACAGAAGAAGAUUAGACAAAUUUUCGGCGUUACUUUCUGAUUUUGUUGACUAUUUUGUAGUUAUAGAGAGUUAUUCGGAAAUUUGUUUCUACCAAUGUCGAAAGUUGUUACCGAAGACGACAUCCCGGUUGGAUAUUCGUCGGAGCCAGAUGAUGAGUACGAAGAGUUUGAAAAAAAUGCACCUGUGUCCAAUGACACGUCCGAGCUCUAUGUUGGUAACACAGGCAAGGUUUCCGCCAGCAAAUUUUACAAUUUAUUCAGGUCCUAUGGCCAUAUAACGGAUAUGAAUAUUUGGCGUUCGCACAAUCAUUUGUAUCACGCUCGUAUAAUAUACAAACAAGGUUUGCCUGUUGCUAGAAAAGUAAUCACGGAGCUGAACGGAAAAUUCUACAACGGGAAAAGGUUACGUCUAACACUCGUGAAGGAUAAAGUUGCUCUUAACUUUCCAGCAGCGCUUCGCAUCGAUGAUAUAUGUGCAGGAUGCACCGAAGAGGAUAUCUACGAGCACUUUUCACAAUGUGGUGUGAUUCUAUUCGUUAUUAAAAUUGGACUCUCAGCAUAUGUUCAGUUUAAAUUAGAUUCAUCAGCCAGUACUGCGAUGAUGCUGGAAAUGAUUCUCAACGGAGAUCCGUAUACAAUUACGAGAAUUGCCCACGAUGAUCGAGUGGAUCAUAUACAAUUGUUAGAAAACAUGAAACAAAUCAAACAUCGCAAACCCUUUGUGAUGGUGGAAAAUUUUCCACGCCUCGGACCAGAAGUACCGCUUCAUCAUUAUAAAGCUUGUUUUGAGAAAGUGGGGCUUGUUGAACAUUUCAAAAUAGCUCCAACUGGAACCGAAACGGUAACGCUAGCAUUAGCGAUGGCCAAAAGUAAGGAUCGAAUUGUGGUGAUCGAAAAAUUUAACAAUUCAAUGAAAGACAACAAUCUGCUGAAACUGUACAUGGUUCCCGGUAGGGCAGUGAUGACAAUCCAUCAUGCUACAAUGUUUGCAUCGGCUAAGGCAACAAUUGUGGUGUCCGGUCUUCCACCCUUUUAUAAAGACUACGAUGUCUGUAUGUUGUUUAAAAAAUGUGGUGAAAUCAAUUUUCUUGAAAAAUUCGAUGGUAAGUGGUUAAUCGCUUUCGAGAAUCAGUCGGCAGUAUCAUUGGCAAAUUUCUACCACUUCAUGAUUAACAGACAACGACUAGUGAUUCAUAGUUUAACUCCAGAAACUGUACCAGGAAAUACGACUGUCCAAUUACGUGAUUAUGAAGAACCCGAAACAAAAGAGCCAAACACGAAUGCCUCUUCACGCACCAAUCAAGCGGAUGAGUUUCUGUUGAACGCGAUGCGAUCAAUGGAUGAGCAAAUCAAAAUGAAUCCCGGAACACAACAACAGAAGAAUGGCAACGCGUCCAUCGCUCGGCCAGGUCAAACGACCAACAAACCUGUGCUACCCAAGACUCCGAACACAUCGAACAGUACCGUUAUCAUGCCACAUUCGCAAAAUGCUCUAAAACGAUCAGCCGAACCAGUGAAGUCCAGUGCGAAUGAACAGACUCAAUUAUCAUCGGACGAGGUUGAAGAAACUACAGGUCGUAUCUUGCAUCGAUUGAGUACUAGCAUUUACAUUGGAAAUCUCGCCAAAGGGCUCACCGAAAACGAUCUUUGCGAGUUGUUCGAAGGCAAAGAACUCGCCAAUGUGCUCCUGUACUGCAGCAGAGAUUCGUACUACCCUAGCGCGGUGGGGUACGUAGAAUUUGUCCAGCGAGCAGAUUAUAAAUAUGCCAUUGAUCAUAACCACGACCGCUACAGAGGCAAACGCGUUACUAUUUUGCGUUGCCGUGGCAAAGAGGGCUUCACACCGGAGCAGGGUUUUAUGGUGAAGAACUUGACUUCAAAUAUCAGCGAAGAAGGUUUAUGGGAAGAAAUCGAAAAAGUGUUGGGCCCCAACACAGUCGACGAUAUCAUCAAACCGGCCCAUCAUUACGCAUAUGCCAGCCUCCGGAAGGGUAUUUCACUAGAUGAAGCCGUCAAUCAGCUUCGUGAAGCUUUCGUGCGGUUCAAAAUCGAUGUGUACCCUCUGUAUUUAAAAGUACCAAAACGACUGAUACCGAUUGGGCCCAGCCCGGAAACGGUAGAAACAAUUCGAAGGCUUGAGGGCCAGAAAACCCCCAGCGAGAUGGAAAUCCCUGCCGAUACCCAGAACGCUAAUAAAUUAUUCAUUGGCAACAUUCCCCGUGAUGCAGCGGCAGAAGAUGUUAUCGACUAUUUCAACAACUUUGGCAACGUUAUUGAUUACAGUCCUAUCGAGAAGAAAAGUUGCUAUUUGCGAAAAUCGGCAAUCAUUAGUUUCUCGAAUUCCGACCACGCUCAAAAUGCUUACCGACGUGUCGGGCACUUUUUCGAGGGAUGUAAAUUAAUCGUUCAUCCAAUGGAGUAUCCUCCGUAUCAAUAUAAGGAUGAAACGCCAAUACUAACGGUUAAAUCUCACAGUCCAUUUCUAACUUGCGACGAAGUGUUCAAUGCAUUAGCGCCACACUUGAGAGGUAUGCGUGUUAUGCGGUUUGAUGCGGACGAUGAUCGUGCAAACUUCAUAGUGAAAUAUUUUGAGACGACUGAUGAAAAAUCACUUCCAAAUUUACUGCAAUUGCAGUUCAUAAACGAUGAGGCUGUUGUGAUUUUGGAUGGUUUUGAUCUGACGCCACCCACAGACGACGAAGCGCGCGAGAGUCGAAAGAUUUCUGAUUCUUUGACCCGACGACUCAAGGAAAACUUACUCAGUUAUAUAGUACACAAAGAGAACAUCAAAGAAGAUAUGGAAAUCGAUACGAGGCAGAGCAGGGAACAAGAUGUUCCGUUCGGGAGUUUCUACAAUGACAAUGCAAUACAAGUAAAUAAUGUCUCGUUGGAUACUACACUGGAGAAUAUUCGUGAUUUGUUCUACAAAUGCGGUAAUAUAAUCGACUAUCGAGGAUUGAUCCUGGAGGACGAUAACAGCAAAAUUUGCUACGUAAAGUUUGACACUGACCUGGCAGCUGACUUAGCCUGUACAUACAAUCAACGGUUGGUAAAUGGCAAACGAAUCCUGGUACAUCUAUGUAAAGAAACCGUACGCGUUGAACGGAACCGAUCUAUUCUUGUGGAACGCCUCAAUCCUCAAAAUACCGCUGAACAAGUGUAUGAAGCACUUAGCGGACUUGGAAUGAUCAAGUAUGUACACAAGCAAACUCCAUUUACAGCAAUCGUGUGCUUCAAAGAUCAGGACAGUAAGGAAGAGGCAAUCAGCACAAGACAAAGUGUGAAGUAUGGUCCAUUCGUUAUCGACCAUCUGUAUGAAGACUACGACCCUCGCUUCUUCAGAAAUUUCACCGCCACUGAGGAGUUUAUUGCACUAGACGUAUUGAGAUCCAUACUGAAACCCCUCGUACGACCGGAAUACCACCAGUCUCUCAUCGAGCGACAGGUGUUCGAAUCACUCCCCGAAGACGUUAAACGACUACUUAUUAGCGAGCUUCGUAUGGCCCGGGAAACCCUUCCGGACUUCGAUAAUCUCACUAAACCGCAGCAAAUUUUCACACUAAAAACUAAAUACAAAAAAUUCACACAAAGGGAAUACUUCAUUAAUCUAGCUGCACAGGAACAGGAUAAAUUACUGGACAUGAUAAAAAAUUCUGAUGAAGAUGUUACCAAAACAAUAGACACUCAGCCUCCACUCGCGAAGCAGGCUCGAAACGAGGAACCAAACAACGAUCAACCGGAUAAAACUGAUACAACUAUCAAGACAUCGGAGAAGCAAUCCUUACCCAACCCAACAAUCACACCUUCGACAGUGCGUCAUGUGACACCGGCACUUGCAACUACCGGGAUGAUAGCCUACCCGAGUUCUAACCCCAUUCGAUACGGUCAUCCUAUGAAUGUACCUAUUAACCGGAUAGGCCCGGGUAUCAAUUACCCGAAUGUGGUUUACAGAUCGAACAUAGUGAAUCCUAUGCAAAUGACAAUGGUGCGUGGGCAAUCGGGAACAAACUGGCCACAACAAGUUGCAUCGAUGGCGUACAAUGCUCAGAUACGACCUGUGAUGGCAUACAAUUCAUGGCCACGACCCGGUAUGAUGAAUCCCAAUAGACCACCAUUUUUUCGUUGAAAUAAUCAUGAUCAUUAUCAGUAUGAGAAUAUUUUUUUUGUAUGUAGAUGUUUUAUAUGAAUCGGUAUGUGAGAUGGUUGAAUAUUUGAAAUAAAUGUGACAAGCGAA